UUUCACUGCAGCUGCACAUCACAGUAACACUAACACUACUACCACAGACUUUACCUGCAAGACGCCGAACAAAUUGGGAGAUUGACUCGAUAAGCAAUCCGAACAUGUUCCUCCGUCACUUCUUCUGGAGAGGUUGUUUCAGUCCAUCGCCAAAUUUCCUUGUCUACAUUGACUUUACCAGGCAUUUCGAUGGUUGAUUUUCUUGAUCAUUAACUUAGUUCAGACUUCAAAGGCUACAAAAUAUCCCUUUCGCGCGAGAAAUUUCACAACUGAGCUGACAGUGUUUUUAUUUUAUGAGAGCCGCAGACAAGACGGAGCUGGCGCUAUUCUCCUUAAUUGGUUUUGUUUGCUGUGGCCGUCUACAUUUACGACACGUAUUAUUCAUAUUCCGGGCGAAUUGAAAUUUAUUACAGCUGAAUAUUAGACCUUUUGGACAAGUGGUUAUUGUCAAGAUCAGUGAUAAUCAAGAAACUACAAGUAAACUCGACAGAAUGGGGUUUUUGGACAGCGUACCAACCCAUAUGGAUUAUAAGGGACAGAAACUUGCAGAGCAGAUAUUCCAGGCAAUAAUCAUGCUGUUUGGGAUUGUAGGGUUCAUCUGGGGUUAUGUCUGUGAGCAGUUCGUACAGACUGUGUACAUACUCGGUGCUGGUUUUGUUCUCUCCUGUAUACUCACCUUACCUCCCUGGCCGAUGUACAGGAGAAACCCAGUGGCGUGGCAGAAACCCCAGCAGCAUGUGGCCACUGCACCAGUAGUUGAAAACACAGUACAAUUAGCGCGCAAGUCGGGGAAAAGGAAAGAUAAAUCCAGAUAGAUUGCCAUUAAUAUUUAAAGGACAAGUCCACCCCCCAAAAAAAUUGGUUUGAAUAAAAAGAGAAAAAUCCAACAAGCAUAACACUGAAAAUUUCAUCAAAAUCGGAUGUAAAAUAAGAAAGUUAUGACAUUUUAAAGUGUCUCUUAAUUUCACAAAACAGUUAUGUGUACAUCCUGGUCGGUAUGCAAAUGAGGAGACUGAUGACGUCAUCCACUCACUAUUUCUUUUGUAUUUUAUUAUAUGAAAUAUGAAAUAUUCUACUUUUCUCCUCAUUGUCAAGUGAAACAAUUAUUAAUUCCUCCCUGAACAUGUGGAAUUAGCAUUGUUGAAUACUAUAUGGUUCAGUCAAGCUUGUCCUCAUUGUCAAAUCUGUAAAAACUGAUAUAUUGUAUAAUUCAAACAAUAAAAAACAGAAGAAAUAGUGAGUGAUGGACAUCAUGGACUGACUCAUUGCAUGUCACUGAGUUGUGCAUAUCACUGUUUUGUGAAAAAUAGCGAAACUUUAAAAUACCAUAACUUUCUUAUUUUACAUCCGAUUUUGAUGAAAUUUUCAGCAUUGUGCUAGUUUGAUUUUUCUCUAUUUAUUCAAAUCAACAUUUUUCUGGGUUGGACUUGACCUUUAAUCUUUGAAUUUUCUUCUCAUUUAUUUUGUCGUUUGUUCAUUGUUUUAUUGGAAGAAUGUGAUGGUUUGUUCUACUUCUUAUCUUCAUGAAAAAAGUCCAUUCCGAUAUUAAUCAGAAUACACACUUUAGAUUCUUACGGCCUUCUAUUGAACAACUUAAGGCCUUGAGAAAGGAAUUGAUUUUGUUUAUCCAGUGGCUCUAGAAUUCGUAUUGGAACCAGAUGGGCCCUGUGCAGAGAAUUCAGUAAUCAAUAGGUUAAUCCAUAGUUUUAUUUAUGAUAUAAUGGAGGAUCGCUUUUGUCCUUUCCCUUUUAUCAUUCCUUCAGUUGUUUCACAUGGAUUGUUUUCUUGAAUUAUAAUUACUUCUGAUAAAGCACUUUUUCAAAAGUGACAAUGCGCUAUACAAAAUGACAGAAAGAAAUACAACAAAGGGUAAAAAUUUGGAAUAAAACUGAAGAACAUGAAAAACUACUUGCAAUAUAUUGAAACAAUGAGACUUGAGUAUCUUCUUGAACACAUUAAUAGAAGGGCACUGUUUGAAUUUAUCAGGUAAUGCAUUCCAAUAUUUUGGGCAAACACAGAAAAUGACCUAUCACCUAUCGAUUUGAAUGUUCUUGGGAUGUGGAGAACGAUAUGUGAUGAUAACGGAGUGUUGCUGAGUGGUUGUUAUUUGUGUAUUUGUUUGUGCCUCAAGCCUAGUUAGUUCCUCCCAUGAAUAUGUGGCAUAUUGGAGGGAACUUGUGAAUUGAUUGUAGUACAAAUUUAUUGGAAAACUCAUUGAUAUAUGACCAACUAUCCCAAACCCAACAAAAACUCGCCCAUAAUGAAUUUUUUGAAUUUUUAUUAAGUUUGAUAGAGCACUUUGUAAGCUUUAAAAUGAUAUAUAACUUGUCAAAAUUGAUCAACAUUAUGAUUAAGGCACACAAGUACUUGAUUGAAUACAGAAGAAACUAAUCAAGGACUUCAAAGAAUGAGGAGAAACUUAUUUAUGAACUUCAGAGUUAAUUUAAGCAUGAGAUGUGCACACUUUUCAAUUUUGGUUUAACUUCCAAGUAGUCCACAAGAUGGUGUCAAAGAAACUCUUUUAUAUAUGUGUUUUCCAUUCAACUAUACUAUUUGAAAUCUUGACAGUAUGAAGAAGAAUUACUCUUUCGGAGAAGCUUUUUUUUUUUUUUGCUUUUUGAAGACCAAAUUACUAUUUUGGCUAUUUACAGAGAACUUUUCCUGAUGACUAACUUGAUUUUGGUGGUUGCUGGUCAAAUGCGUGUGUAUAACAAAGAAAUAUAUAGCUUCAUGAAAUCAUACGCAGGGUUUUAUAUCAUUAGCAUGCACCUUUUGCUCAAGGAAGGUGAUCUGGGGACGGUAAUACAAAGCUUAACAAUCAUUGUAGAAGCAUAUGUGGGCCCCGUCUAUCAAUGUCAUAAUUUUUUCUACGAAAAAUUUGCACAAUGUCCUUUGUAUGCAAAGAGCAGCACAGUGAAUUUUCAAGAAAACAAUGAAUGCAUGAAUAAACAUCAUAGCUAGAAAAUACUUUGAACAAAAAUGCAUAAUAGAACUGAAUGUUGCUGGCUGUCCAUUGUUGCGAAUGAUCGGAUCAAUCGUAACUCUUUGUAAGACGGGGCCCUGUACCAUUGAUUGCAUUGACUACAGUAUAUACAUGUAUGUACAAUCAAUCAUUAAAAUCAAGCAUACAAUCAAUUAUUAACCUUUGCCUUGCAGGAGCCUGGGACCUAUUGCAGAAAGUGUUGUUAUUAUUAUAACAAAUGCAUGAUUUCUAUAUCAAAUUUACUAUCAGCGAAUCAGAUUGAACAAUUUCAGUAGCUUUAAACUGUAAUGUCAAAUUUGUAUUUAUAACAACUUUUAUAAAAUCGGGACCCAGGGUGUGUUUCAUGAAGCUGUUCAUAAGCUAAGAGCGACUUUAAGAAUGACUAGCUGGUGAAGCUUUGUUACGUGCGGAAUAAUCACCAAUGAACAUCUAAUGGUGAAUAUAAUUUACAACAAAGGAUCACCAGUCUUUCGAUAUAAUAAAGUCACUCUUAACUUAGAACAGCUUUAUGAAAUGGCCCCCAAAUUAUGAAACCUCAAUGCCUGUACUGACUGAGGUUUUGGUAUUAAAAGCCCCUCUCAGAAGUUGGAUUUGUGCUAUUCCUGUUUAAUGACCCGUUUGUGAUUAAAGUUUUCAAUGAGGGUCUGUGCCUGAAGACUACAUUAUAGCUCAUUUAUGAUUAAGUUCAUAGUUCCGUCUAUGUUUGCAUGUACACGUAAUUCCUUUUUUUCUUGUCAGCAAAUGUUUAUAUGGUUGAAUAUGGUUAUAAUUAAUUUAGUGUGUUAAGUCUGACUAUUUAAUAUAUUGAUAUUUGUAUACUGUAUCUGUAUGCAGUUCAUUUCAUUUGAUUUAUCAUGUUGUUGCUUUAUUUAAGGUUUUAAGAAUCCAUAAAAUUCAAUGCCAAUUAAGAUUAUAUCAAUGACCUUAUUAAAAUUUGUAGAACUAAAAUCUUA